UGCUGACGUUGACACUAACGUCGACCUCACUCUUGGGCGUCUUCUAUCGGUCGACACAACCAACGGCGUUAAGCUGAGAACAAUGAUCAGAUCAUAAAUGGCCACAGACUCAGUACAGAUGGAGAUACUUCGUGCCCCAAGUCAGCGGCACUUUUUUUCAUCCAACCUCUAGAUGAUUCCGCCCCAUCAUCAAAGUCUCCGACCGGAGAUAUUCAGGAUCUCUCCGCUGAGUGUAUAUAAGCCAAAGAGCAACUACACUCUUAUUCUACCCCAUAACAGUCACAAAUUACCUCUGAACCUCUUCCGUCUCUCAUACAACCACAAUGUCAUCCAAGCUCUACGACGUCCUCAUCAUCGGCGGCGGCCCAGGCGGUCUCGCCAUGGCAUCCGCCCUCGCCCGUCAAGUCUACACAGCCCUGAUCCUCGACUCAGGCGUUUAUCGCAACGCGCCUACAAAACACAUGCACAACGUCCUCGGCUUCGAUCACGUUGAGCCCUCCGUUUUCCGCAAAAAAGCCCGUGACGAUCUUGAAAAGCGGUACGAAAGCAUUGAGUUCAAGUCCACAACCAUCGCAACCGUUCGCAAAACAGACGCUGGUGUGUUUGAAGCGGUUGAUCACGAUGGCAAUGUCUAUCAGGGAAAGAAACUCGGCUUAGGCACCGGGGUGAAGGAUCUUGUUGAGGAGCAGCCUAACGGAUAUGCUGAGUGCUGGGGAAAGGGAAUUUUCCACUGUCUUUACUGCCAUGGCUUUGAGGAGCGAGGAGCAGAGAGUGUAGGCGUCUUCGCAGGCGGCAUGCUCUCCAGCGCCGACAUGCUCGCGCACGUAACCCCCAUGGCCAAACGCCUCUCCCAGUCCGUAACAAUCUACACCAACGGCGACCCCUCUCUCCCCUCAACCAUAAAGACAAAAGUACACAGCAGCAAAGUGCACUUCGACACCCGGAAGAUCACAUCCUUCGCCCUUGUUAAUUCUGGUCCCUCUGUUAAAAUCACCUUUGAGGAUGGCUCCUCCAAGACCGAAGGCUUCGUGGUAAGUCAUCCCAAUGUCGCACAAGCAGCGCCGUUUGCAGAGCAGCUUGGGCUGGAGACGACGCCGACGGGUGAUAUCAAAGUUGAGGUGCCGAUGAACGAGACUAGUGUGAAGGGGUGUUUUGCGUUUGGUGAUGCGGCGACUGUUAUGAGGAGUGCUUUGCAGGCGAUGCAUAUGGGUGGUUUUGCAGCUAUUGGGAUGGCGAUGCAGUUACAGCAUGAGCUGGAUGAGAAGGAUGAGCUGUAAGAAGUAUUGCAAAUAGAUCCAUGCUUGUUAUUUGUCAAUCUGCUUACCUUGGAGCAAUGUAAGACGUUACACCUGUUUGGAUCUGGUGCUAAUGCAGCUUGCCCGCCCUGUGCCUAUUGGCUGCAUCUCAGCCUUUUGUCAUUGCUUCUCUUUCGGGCCAUUAUACGAGACAACACUCAAGACAUACAUGUUCUCGACUCAGACCCUGUCCCGUCAUAAAACAAUAGACAACGCUUAAACCCGUUGUAUUAUGCCCAUCCAUGAUUCUAUUCGACGCUAGAACAAAAAGUCCCCGUACCGGUCGGUGUGUCUGUCUCAGUUGAGACUCUGACUAUCACAAUGCAAGGGAUGGAGCCCUCGGCAGAUGACUUCACCUCCCAGGCUCACUGUCCUAUUGGUAAGAUAUUUGUCAUUGCUCGG